GGGGGAAAGCAGCGUCGGGAGGGGUGACUACAGCGCAUGCGCGGGCAUUUGGGCGCUCCCUCUGAGGGAGCAGCAGCAGCGGAGGCGUCCUCGCGCCGGACCUGGCUGGGUCAGUGAGGCUUCGGGGAAGGGGAGAUCAAGAGGAGCCUGUCUGUGAGUGCCAUUCUCUGGGAAAUGCCAAAGAACCAAAUUAACACGGUGCUGCUUGCAGAUGCUGUAGUGCUGAAGAGAAACAGCUGUGUGUGGGUAAAUAGGGUUUAGCAACUGCAGCUCAGUCUAGUCUUCCAAUAGUUUUGUCUUCAAGAACAAAAAACAGCAAAGAAAACAAUCAGCCAUAUCUCUCCAUAUAUAGCCAAAUGGCAAGGUUUUCCAGCAAGAUUUGGAACUGGACUUUUUAUGCUAUACCCUUUGUCUUUCCUGAUUCUUCCUUUGCUGUCUGCUCUUUUUAAUAUAUAUAUAUAUAUAUAUAAUAUAUAUAUAUACUGGUCUGGCAGUCCAGCUAUUUAUUUUAGAAUAACUUAAUUUUGACCUGUUUCCGGACACUCGCAGUCGCCUGAAUGGACAGGGACACCUUUUCUCACGCCACCAAGUUUUUUCGCGAUUAUAGCGGCCUGCCUCGGGGCGCGAGCGGCCAGCUUCAUGAACAUGUGGACUACAUUGAAAAGCCAGAAAAUUUCACAUAUGCAGACUUUUUCAAGGAUUACUUGAUCCCCAACGACCCCUGUGUCUUCUCAGCAAAGUUCACGGAGGGCUGGGGCAGCAGGAGGAACUGGGUGACGCCCGACGGGAAGCCUAAUUUUGAGUAUCUUCUGCGCACAUUUGGAGAGGCUGUAGUACCGGUGGCCAACUGUGAUGUCAAGGAAUACAAUUCUAACCCAAAGGAACAUCUUAAACUCAAGGAGUACAUAAGUUAUUGGAAGGAACACAUUAAAAAAAACUAUCGCUCACCCCGGGGCUGCCUUUACCUCAAGGAUUGGCACCUGCACAGAGUUUUCCCAGAGCAAGAUGUUUACACCACUCCCAUUUAUUUCUCAUCUGACUGGCUGAAUGAAUACUGGGAUGCUAUAGCGGUGGACGACUAUCGUUUUGUCUACAUGGGACCCAAAGGCUCGUGGACUCCAUUUCAUGCGGACGUCUUCCGCUCCUACAGCUGGUCUGCCAAUAUCUGUGGGAAGAAGAAAUGGCUCGUCUUUCCUCCGGGACAAGAGGAAUUCCUACGAGACCGUAACGGCCACUUGCCAUUUGACAUCACUGCACCUGAUCUGAAGAAGAGCCAUCUUUACCCCCGCUACGCCCAAAGCAGCCCUCCAGUCGAAAUCAUACAGGAAGCUGGAGAGGUCGUCUUCAUCCCAAGUGGGUGGCAUCACCAGGUUUAUAACCUGGAGGACACCAUCUCCAUCAACCACAACUGGGUCAACGGGUGUAACGUGGCCAUCAUGUGGAGCUUUCUUCAGGACGAGCUUGCUGCGGUUCAGCGGGAGAUCAGAGAAUGGAAAGACAGCAUGGAGGACUGGCACCUGCAAUGCCAGGUCUUGAUGAAGUCUUACACAGGCAUCGACUACAAGGAGUUCUACAACUUACUGAAGAUCAUCGCGGAGAACCGGAUCUAUGUCCUGGAAAACCACCACCCUGAGGAAGGUGCCUCCAGGCAUUGCUACCGCGCGGCCAUCUCUGGCUUGGGCAUGCUGCAUGCCGUCUUCGACUUGAAGAGGACUGCCAAGGUCUUGACCUCUCUGAAUGCCAAUGAGGAAUUCAAGAAACUGAACCCCGAGAAACUUGUCCCUCCUCCUCAGGCGCUCCUGCACCGCCUGAAAGCAGCAAUAGACACCGCCCUCCUCUAGCUCCCCACUUUAUUUUGACCACUUGCAAAAAAAGAGAAGCUCCGUUUGCAAGAUGGGUUGCAUGCUGAAAACAUUAGUUCAAUCACCCCAUUUAGAAGUCCUAAGCACAGUGAAUUUGUGGGUGAAUGGGGAAUACAGAGGCAGAAUGUUCAGGAGUUCAAGUGGUAGGCUGAGAAAGGAAAGCAGGCCCUUCCUAAGAUUUGGGAGGGUCCGCAGUUUGCUCACUGAGAAUAGCCAUGUGACGAAUGUACUAGUUGCAUUCGUCAGUCUAAAUUAAGCCCAUUUAUACUGGGAUCCUGUAGAGUAAGACUGCCUUGUCCAAGAGUUGGUUUUCCAUGGUUUCACUUAACCACAAACCUGAAGUGUUUGUGGGCAUCUCUUGGCACUCCGCUGUGAUUCUGUGAUGUGCUUGCUUGGGCCGGAAGUUGACCUUCUGCCUUGAAGCAUCUGAACAAGAGGAAAGUUGGGAGAUCAGCAACAGAUGACCAUGGGAAGCACUGUUACCAAGCCCCCUUUAUGUGUCAAACCUCAUAUUUCCAGAUGGCAGUUGACUCCUUAAACUUGGUGAUUUAAUUAAGCAACUGUGAUCUGAAAGCAUCUGCUGGCUCAGACAUCCAAGGAAAGGUCUUGGGAUGGAUCCCCUACAGAAAAGGGGUUUUUGCUGUAUGCUCAAGAAGUAAACUCCAUUGAAAGGCAGUGGAGCUUGUUUCUGAGUUAACAUGUCUACCUAUUACUUUGGGGUGGGUUAUUGGUUGCCUUUUGACCCACUGAAAGUCACCUCAAACUACAUUUUGGUGUGACUGUAUGGCUGGAGAAUGAAAAGUGUGUGCACCGUCGCAGUUGGCAUGUUCGACUCACCUGUCCAUAGCCCCCCGUUAGCCUCCCCGACCCCUUCCUUGCAGCGUAAGAGAGACACGCCAGGAGACUCCUUUUGUCUCCGGCGUGGCAUCACACUUUUCAGGGACUCCGAAACAUGGCAGCUGAAACAAGGACACCUUUUUACCGUGGACAAACUGUGCCAAUCGUGAACUGCAAGCGCUGUUGGGAAUCAAUCGCUCUCUUCAGCCGCCUUCUUGUAUUCGAUACAGCCAGAACAAGGUGGGCGAAAAAUGGCUGGCUGCGAUUUCUGAAAAUAGUUUUACAUUCUUAGUGCCUCGACAUUUGUAGCACAAUGCUCCCCAUAGAAUUUAAAGCGGGGGCAAGGAAUACCCUUCAAGGCUUCUUGGCAUAUCUAUCGCCUACAUAUAAUCCGGUGUCAAUUGUAGAAGAUCCUGGUUCGGUCCUGCAUUGUUUUUCUAGGGCCUGUCCUCCUCCUCUUCCUCCUUGAAUUAUUUCUGUGCCUCUGCAGAGAAUUGCAAGGAAACACCAGAAACCGGAGCCACUGAAGGUCAGCAAGGUUGGUAGGAAAUAGAGGGGAAAGUAUGGGGCCUUGGUUGGAAAUGCUCUGAGUGAUCUGGAGAUGGAGAGGCAGAGGCUCUUAAAGCAGGGCUGACGGGUCCAGGGGCCAAUUUUCUACUUCUGUGACACUUUGGGGACUGCACGGUCUGCCAAAAAAAAUGCACAAAAGGAACAGAAGUGGUCGAAAUUCCGCUCCUGGUCUUGAAAAGGAGCAUUUUACUAUUAAAUACAAUCGAGUCUCACUUAUCCAACAUAAAUGGGCCGGCAGAACACUGGAUAAGCGAAAAUGUUGGAUAAUAAGGAGAGAUUAAGGAAAAGCCUUUUGAAUGUCAAAUUAUGUCAUGAUUUUACAAAUUAAGCACCAUGUUUUACAACAAAUCAACAGAAAAAGCAGUUCAAUACAUGGUAAUGUUAUUUACAAAUUUAGCACCAAAACAUCACAAUGUAUUGAAAACACUGACUACAAAAACUUUGGCUACUAACAAAUUGACCACAAAUAAAAAUGCAUAAGAUGAACUUAAGGCAACAAUUUUGGAAAUUAAAUCCGUAAAACAUUCAGUCCUUGCUGCCUAGAGAAAGAGCUGUGGAUCUGGGCGGGAGGUAGACUGUUGGAUAAUCCAGAAUGUUGGAUAAGUGAGACUACUGUAACUAGUGACAGUAGAGCUGCAGACUGUUUUGCAAGGCAGCCUUCUGGAAGCUAUCCUAUGAAUCAACUUACUGUGUUAUCAAAGGCUUUCAUGGCCAGAAUCUCUGGGUUGCUGUGAGUUUUCCAUGUUGUAUGGCCAUGUUCCAGAAAUAGUUCUGGAACAUGGCCAUACAGCCCUGAAAACUCACAGCAACCCAAUCAACGUACUUGUUGAGACAGGAUAGAAAAAAGAUCAGGGCUGAGGGCCACGAGAACAGCAGCCCUAAGUCUUGAGUUUGCCUUUCUUUAAUGCAAAGGUGGUUUUGAAAAAGGCAAGCCUCAAGAAAUCGCACUCCGCUCUGGAAAGGUGCCGCAUGGCGCAAAGUGAAGUUGGCACAUAGAGCCGAGUCUAUCUUGGGUUGAGGGCAGCGGUUCCAAUUCGCCAACGCUCUCAGUCGUGUCACUGAGCACAAAUACCCGUAGCUAAGGGCUCGAAACCAGUUUGUACAAGAAUCCCUUUCCUGUGGCUUUUGUCAGGAGGCUUCCUUCCUUCUAAAUGGGGACCGGAUUGCUUUUGUUCCCCUCCGCUAUCUAAGCCUGCUAGAUUUCCACUUGGCCCCCUUUUGCCGGGGGUCAUUUUAAGCACUGAGCCGAAGUUUACUCAACUCUCGACUGUUCUGCCAAGUUGCCCUGAGACCUUUCUGAAACUGCACAUUAAAAAAAGAUAUUUAAGUGUUA